AUGUCGUUCUCCCGUUCCAUUAACCUCCUGGCGCGCACCAGCCGCUCCUCCCUGCUGCGCCCGCGCGCCGUCAACCCCGUUCACCACGUCUUCACCAGCGACAAGCUGGCUGUUCGUGGUCUGGCUACUGCUUUCGAGCGUACCAAGCCCCAUGUUAACAUUGGUACCAUUGGUCACGUCGAUCACGGCAAGACCACCCUGACUGCCGCCAUCACCAAGCACCAAGCCUCCAAGGGCCUUGCCAACUUCCUCGAUUACAAUGCCAUUGACAAGGCCCCCGAGGAGCGCAAGCGUGGUAUCACCAUCUCCUCUGCCCACAUUGAGUUCCAGACCGAGGAUCGCCACUAUGCUCACGUCGACUGCCCCGGUCACGCCGAUUACAUUAAGAACAUGAUUACUGGUGCUGCCAACAUGGACGGCGCUAUCGUUGUCGUCGCUGCCUCCGACGGUCAGAUGCCCCAGACCCGUGAGCACUUGCUGCUUGCCCGUCAGGUCGGUGUCCAGAAGCUCGUUGUUUUCGUUAACAAGGUUGAUGCCGUCGAGGACCCUGAGAUGCUGGAGCUCGUCGAGCUUGAGAUGCGCGAGCUGCUCUCCACCUACGGCUUCGAGGGCGAGGAGACCCCUAUUGUCUUCGGCUCUGCCCUCUGCGCCCUUGAGGACCGCCGCCCCGACAUCGGUACCGAGCGUAUUGAUGAACUUAUGAAGGCUGUUGACACCUGGAUUCCCACCCCCGAGCGUGACAUGGACAAGCCCUUCCUCAUGUCCAUCGAGGAAGUCUUCUCCAUCCCCGGUCGUGGUACCGUCGUCUCUGGCCGUGUCGAGCGUGGUCUCCUGAAGAAGGACACCGAGGUUGAGAUUGUUGGUGGUGGCGAGGCCCCCAUCAAGACCAAGGUCACCGAUAUCGAGACCUUCAAGAAGUCCUGCGAUGAGUCCCGUGCCGGUGACAACUCCGGUCUGCUUCUCCGUGGUAUCAAGCGCGAGGACAUUCGCCGUGGUAUGGUCGUUGCCGUUCCCGGCAGCACCAAGGCCGCCCAGAAGUUCCUGGUCUCCAUGUACGUUCUGACUGAGGCUGAGGGUGGUCGCCGUACUGGUUUCGGCAGUAACUACCGCCCCCAGGUCUACCUCCGUACCGCCGAUGAGCCCGGUGACCUUACCUUCCCCGGUGAGGACCAGUCCGCCCGUGUCCAGCCCGGUGACAACGUCGAGAUGGUUCUCUCGACUCACCGUCCCGUCGCCGCCGAGGCCGGUCAGCGCUUCAACAUCCGUGAGGGUGGCCGUACCGUUGCCACUGGUCUGAUCACCCGUGUGGUUGAGUAA